CCAGGAGGAAUGACUCUAGUUGUUUUAUACCAACGUUCAUGGUUUAUAUAUUCUAGCACAUUGAUUUAAUGUAUGUUUAUACACAUAUAAUUAUUAUUAAUUGCGGCCGCAGGAAGUGCCGUUCCGUUAUUCCCGGCGGCUGGGGUCCGCGAUGUCUUGGCAGCUUACACCCCCAGUAAAGUGCCUUAUACGAUAUCCAUUGACAUCGUCAUCGAAACGCCUUAUAUGCUAUGUACGAAUGCAUUCAAUGACGUCGCUUGUGCCGUCACAUUGAGAUCUCUCAGUCUAUAAAAAGGGCCAUAUCAUUCGCACAAUGCUUCCGUCCAGGCAAACCUCACACACAUCAUGAAGCAUCUCACUCCUCUCCUCCUUGCCGGCUCAGCCGUCGCAUUCACGCCCCUCUUCGAAAUCCGUGCCCUUCACAAUGUGCCUUCUGGCCACCCUACCGGCCUUGAUGCCGCCUCGGCCUACCUGAACCUUCCCCAGUCCCACGAGGCCGUGACCGUCCUGGCCGCCAUGGGCGCCGACUGCGAUCGCACAGGCGACCAAAAGGCAUGCUUUGAGGCCUCGGAGAAGACCAUUAACCCUUCCAAGAAGGUGGGCAAGUGCGAGGACUCUGAGGAAGACUACAGAAACGACGCCGAUGGCGCCUUCAUCGCUGCCAGCCUCACUGACGACUUGCUCGGCGAGUGUGGCGAGACCUACUGCUCCAACGACGUGAAGAAGUGCCGCGACACCGGCCAGGUCAAGCUGUGCGGCCACAUGAUUGGCGAGUUCACGUCUGAGGGCAAGAAACAGAUGGGGGAGACUAUCAAGGCAGCCCUGCGUAAGGGCGCGAAACUCUCGUGCCAGCGCGGCCAGCUCGCCGGGUUGGACUUUUGGGUCAGCAUCACGCCCAAUAUUCUUAAUGUUAACAUAUUUGGCGGCGAUAACUCGGGCCAGUUUAUGCAGCUCAACAUGGAGAAGAUGGACGACAGUAACUCGUGCAGUCCCUUCCUGCAGGCGCUGGGAAGCAUCGCGGGCAUGGUGCCUGAGUUUGGAAGCUUUGUUGGUGGAACAAUUGGCGCUGUCUGCAGUGCCCUUGGUUAGAUAAGACACUCGACCCAUAGCAACGUUUAGA